AUGUCACCCAGGUCAAGGAAGGCCCAAAAACUUAUGCUGUCUGAUUCACCAACCCAUACACAGUCGCCUUUAAGAGACGCCGAAUACUGUCAAUCAAGCACCAAUGAGGAAGAUCUACUUGAUUCUGAAUCUGAUACCCCAGGAGAAUAUGAAGAACUCGAUCAAAUAGGUCUCACAGACUUUCUGGAUUUCGACCCUAAACCCACUCUGAUAUUUGACCUUUCGCACCAUAAUGCCUUUGGAGAUACGUUGGAUCCGGCAUACAUGAACAAAACUUUCCAGUCCAAUAUUCUUCUCACGAGUACCAUAUCUCCAAACUCUGAAGGACAGACUUCUCCAAUACUUCAUUCUGGGGGACCUGCCUCUACAACCUUCAGAUCUCUAAUCAAGGACUUCGUCCAAAAACAAACCAAUGAAGAUUACCCAGGCCAAUCAUUCUCAUACAAUGGAUUUCUCUGGUCUGGAUUCACAAUUCGGAAGAGAUGGGUUUUAAUUUGUGGUAACAAAAUUGAUGUUGAGUUGAGAGAUCUUAUAUUUAGUAAUUACUCUCACAGCCAAAAAGGAACUUUAAGCACCACCUUCUCCGACAAGACAAUUGCAGCAUUGAAAGAUGUCCAAGUGUCAAAUUUAAACAGUCCGGCAAGUGGCGCACAAAAUCAAAAUGAAGAUGUCAUUAUGAGUGAGAUGGUCGGGGGACCAUCCUCAGACUGGACCACCGAGUCUCCAGUUGCAGACUGGACCAUCGAGCAUCCCGAAGGGUAUCUCUCCGAUCACAUCGUCUUCACUCGAGGCGUGGACUGGUCUUCGACACCUUUAGGUCCCAUGAACAGCUGGUCGCCCGAAUUCCGCCAGAUCGUGAAUAUGGUGAUCGCCAACCCCCAUCCCGCUGCUAUUUUCUGGGGCGAAGAGUUAACCGUAUUGUACAAUCAAACUUACGCGGAGACUGUAGCUGGUCAGAAGCAUCCACGUUUGAUGGGGACAGGCGCUCGAGGUCCUUUCGCAGAGAUUUGGGAGGAGGUUGGCGAGAUUUUCAAUGAAUGCAGACGGACAGGGAGAGGAAUCGCCAUGACAGAUCAAAUGUUACCCCUAGAGCGUCAAGGAUUUGUCGAGGAAACUUUUUACUCCUGGAGCUUGACACCCAUCUGGAAAGCCGGUCCUAGCCCUGAGCUCCUGGGCGUUUACAACGCACCUUUUGAGACGACCCAAAAGGUAGUGAGUAAUCGAAGGAUGAGGACACUCUUGAAAGUUGGAGAAGAAACGGCUCUUGCUCAAUCUGUGUCGGAUUUUUGGAAAUUGAUGCUUGGCGGUCUUGCCGAGAACGAAUAUGACUUCCCAUUUGUUUUGCUUUACUCGGUCCUCGAUGAUAUUGAGAAUGAUGCAACAUCGUCGAGAGGUUCGAUUUCUUCUGAUAGUUCUACGAGUAUCAAGUCGGUUAUUUUAGAAGGCUCGUUAGGUGUUCCAGAAGGACAUGUAAGCGCUCAAAGCAGACUCGAUCUAAAAAGACAUCUGGGAGGAUAUGUGCCAGCCUUGAGAGAGGCCAUGAAAACACGCCAACCAACUUUGUUGUCACUUUCGGAUAGUAUGCUCCCAGUCGGCUUGACACGGGGAUAUAAUUGGAGGGGGUUUGGCGAGCCGUCACGAGAGGCUGUGGUAUUGCCAUUGAGACCAACUAAUGCUGAAAAUACUUUGGGAUUUCUAGUUAUUGGUGUGAACCCCAGGAGACCAUAUGAUGCCAAUUACGAAUCUUUCGUCAAAAUCUUGAACAGACAAUUGGCAAAUUCCCUAGCCUCAGUCACACUUUUUCAGGACGAAAUCCGACGUGGUACUGACGCUGCAGAAAUUGCUGCUGCUGAGCGUAUGAAACUCUCUGAAGAGUUAGCAUUUCAGAAAGGAAGAUUGCAACGUAUCGCCGAAGUUUCGCCUGUCGCUUUAUUCUCAGUUGACAGUGAUGGUACAUUACUCGAAGCCAACGAUCGUUAUUACGAGAUUACGAACCUGCCUCGCGAUACGGCUUCUAGAAUGUCUUGGAUGGAUACAAUUGCUCCCUCUAGCAUUCCGACUAUGAUGAAGGGUUGGGAGAAACUCACCAUUCGUAACCAGCCGUGGUCUGGUGAGCUUCAACUCGUUAAGCCGUGGUAUGAUCCUAUCACUGGCGAUGAGUAUGAGAAUUGGAUUCUGGCAAGUUACCAGCAUGAAUUUUCUUUGGAUGGAAGUAUCAAGAGCAUCAUGGGUUACUGCACCGAUAUCACGCUCCAAAAAAGAUUCGCUAAAGAAAUGGAAGAUCGUGCAGAGCUCUCUGAACAACUUCUACUUCGCACAAACCAGGCCAACGAAAUCGAACGAAACUUCAGAAGAUUCAGUGACCUUGCUCCUGGUGGCCUUGCUAUUCUCGAUCCAGAAGGUAGACUGACCUACGCGAAUGAGCAAUGGUUUCAUAUUUCUGGUCUCACAAAGAGUGAAACCUUAGCUGAAAUUCCCUUCGCGUGGAUGAAUGCAAUACAUGAGUUGGACCGACCGAAGUUCAGAUCGCAAUGGUUCGCGCUGGUAGAGAAAGCUACUCCAUUUGUGAUAGAGACACGUAUGGAACAACCAUGGGUAGGGGACAUAGCCGGGAGUACAUUGACUAUACAGCGCUGGGUAUUGGGUACAUUCUCUGGAGAGAAUGAUGAGAACGGAAAGUUGAAGAGUGUGAUGGGCUGUUCAACGGAUAUUUCCAGGAUUAAAUGGGCUGAAGAGAUCCAAGACAGACGACUAAAAGAUUACGAAGAAACAAGACGCCAGCAAAAUUCGUUUAUCGACAUAACAAGUCAUGAAAUGCGCAAUCCACUCAGCGCUAUCGUUCAAUGUGCAGAUGGUAUCUCAUCCUCUUUGAAACAAUACAGAGCAGCGAACAAGGAUCUGGAGGAGCGCGAUUACCAACUCGCGACUAUCUUGAAAGAUGGUAUAGACGCCGCCGAAACAAUUCAACUCUGUGCUCAACACCAAAAAUCAAUUGUUGAUGAUGUUUUGAUGAUUUCAAAAUUAGAUUCAAAUCUGCUUACAAUUACACCUGUCUCUACUAAACCUGUAGAGGUGGUAAAGCUAGGGUUGAGGAUGUUUGCCGGAGAAUGUCAAAUGAAUACCAUAUCUCUCAAUUUAGACAUCAAAAAGUCUCUUCAAGAGUUGAGAGUUGACAGUGUCAUGCUCGAUUCAAGUAGAUUAACUCAAGUAUUGAUUAAUCUCAUGACAAAUGCUAUCAAAUUCACCAAGGACGAGAAGACACGAGAAAUCCAUGUUUCCAUAAGUGCCUCCCUGGAACCACCUUUGUUAGAGUCAUUGGCCAAUUUUGAAUACUUCCCAUCUCCUACCAAGUUUUCGAAAGCCAAUAUUACCGAUAGCGAGGAAUGGGGUAGAGGUCAAAUCAUAUAUCUUCGAUUCGAAAUAAAAGAUACUGGUUGUGGAUUAACACCUGCCGAGAAGAAAAACUUGUUUACACGUUUCUCUCAGGCAUCGCCUCGAACUCAUGUCCAUUAUGGAGGAUCUGGCCUUGGACUAUUUAUCUCACGCCAACUUACCGAAUUGCAAGGUGGAGAAAUUGGCGUGGCAUCAGAGUUUGGGGUGGGAAGUACUUUCGCUUUCUACAUUAAAUGCCGCCGUGCAUUGAUAAGGGCAAAAACUCUGGAUGUUGAAUCGCAGAUGACUUCGGAUCUGGAAGCUAAUGGGAGACUUGCGACAAAUGUUCCGAAAAGCAUCAAGGACCAUGAAGAAAACAUGUUGAAUAAGCUCCUCGAUUUGAAGGAGAAGGGAAGAUUACCUACUAAUCGCAACUCAUUUGGGUUUGAGGAGGAAGAAAGCCAGAAGUUGAAAACGAAUAAGACUCCGGAUUUUCUCAGGCCUAGUUCGUGGAGUGUAUUGAUCGUGGAGGAUAAUUUAGUUAAUCAGAAGGUCUUGGCGGCACAAAUGAAGCGGUUGGGAUGUACAGUUCACGUAGCAAAUCAUGGAAAGGAAGCUAUUGAGUUUAUAAGUCAGACGAAUUGGAUGAGUGAGAAGGUGGAUCCCUCAAAUACGGUUGUAUCAAAAAAGAACGCUAGCAUUCCAAACCAAACCCAAGACCCUUCACAACUACAUCAGCAAUCGCGACCACAAAAAUCUCCCAUUCCUCUCACCCUCAUUCUUCUCGAUAUUGAAAUGCCCGUAAUGGAUGGUCUCACAUGCGCCAAGGAGAUACGCAAAAUGGAAAAGAAUAGAGAGCUGAUAGGACAUGUGCCAGUUGUGGCAGUGACUGCUAAUGCGAGAGCAGAGCAGAUUCAACAAGCGAUGGAAGCCGGUAUGGAUGAGGUUAUGACGAAACCUUUUAGGAUUACGGAGUUGGUGCCGGUUAUCGAGGGGGUGCUUGUUAGGUUUGGGGGUGAGAAAGAGAGACCGAGGGAGAAGAAAGAGGGACCGAGGGAGGAGAAAGAGGGACCGAGGGAGGAGAAAGGAAAGGGACAAGACAAGCGCUAG